AUGCAAAUGUUUAACUUUUCUAGGCUAGUGGCCCUUUUGUUGGUCCUAGUCAAUGUUUCCCUGGCAUUGUCUCCAAAGCAGUUCAAUAAAGAAAGAUUAAAGUACAAGGACAGUAUUAUUGACCUGAAUGACAGAAACUGGGGAAGAUUAUUGGCCAAUCCUAAAGAAUCAUACUUGGUGACAGUUUUCACUGCCACUGGUCGUCAAUAUGGUUGUACAAUGUGUACAGAGCUUGCAGAACACUACGAAACAGUAGUAAGAUCCUGGUUUGCUGACCAUCCUGAUGGUAUCUCCAAGAAUGACGGAUCCAAGUCGUUAUUCUUCGCCAAAGUUGACGCUGUAGACCAAAAUGUGCCUGAAUUAUUCCAAAAAUUCAACGUCGAGCAAGUGCCACGUAUAAUUAUCUAUGAACCAGGUAAAGGUGAUCCUCAAUACAAAUUUCUUGACAUUCAAUUGAGUGGUGAAAAUGUUGUCGAGACCUUAAUUGCUGGUAUCAAGGAAAGCACAGAUGUCCAGGAUUUCGAGAUCCAUGAAGAGAUCAAUUGGAGUUCCGUUACUAUUACUGGUGUGGCUACUUUUGCUACUGUUUUAUUGGUUAAGAAGCAGAGUACAUUGGCCCUGAAAAUAUUCACAUCUAGAUACGUCUGGGGUUUUGGUACCAUCUUUUUCAUUAUUGCCAUGCUUGGUGGCCAUAUGUUCAACCGUAUCAGAAACACUCCUGAAGCUGGUAUGGACAAGUUAAAAAACGUUAUUUACAUCUUGCCAGGCCAAAUCUCCGGCCAAUAUGCUAUUGAGACUCAAAUUGUAGGCCUACUAUAUGCUGUCCUAUGUGCAUUGAUAGUUGCCCUAGUUAUGGUUGUCCCUAAUGUUUCUAAGAAGCUGAGUGGGCCAGAAAAUGCUAAAGAAACUGCACAAGUGAUAGUUACUAUUCUGACUGCUGUGUUCAUUUAUAUGUUCUUUGCAGCAUUCACUAAGGUGUUCGAAGUUAAGUACACUGGCUACCCUUACACAUUGUUGAAGCUAUUCAACUUCUUUGGUAAAUAA